GAUAACGAUCGUUGGUUUGCCGCGAGGAGCGGGUCAAGUUUUUAGGCUUUGCACGCUCUCGUUCGCGUUAGCGGAGCUAGGUCACAGGGCGCAUUGUCCGUUGGCUUCGAAGCUUCCCAGGAAACACGGUUAGGCGGGCGCGGGAGAGAUGCUUUAAUUUAGCACUUUGCGUCGUGUGCGCGCGAUCUAUUCGUAUUUGUCGGCAACUGUAGAACUCGAGUCCAAAGCUACGCGAACGGCGCCUCGUUGUUUUGCACUGACGAAGCCGUGGAAGCCCCGUCAAAAGCGACCGAACCGAGCCACUUUUUUAUUAGCCAUGGAUAAAAAGCGGAAGGGCCGGCCCCCCAAGGCCAUUGCUGCUGCAAAGGCCAAAGCCGUGAGCACCACUCCUGCAAAGGCCGCAACUCCUGUCAAGCGAGGCCGGGGAAGGCCGCCUGGAUCGGGCAAGAAGAAGUUGGCAACAGAGGGCAGUGCCAAGAAAUCCUCGCCCGUGUUGCCGGUUGCUGCCGCCACUCCCCAGAAGAAUGGCACUGGCGGUCCCGAGUGUGACCGCUGUUUACGGACAUUCUCCACCGAGCGAGGUCUCAAGGUGCACCAGCGCUGGCCCUGCAAGCUGGAUGCUGCCAAAGACGAUGAUGAUGAUGCAUCAGGCGGACUUCCAUUGGAUGAUGUUAUGGACUCUGAUUCCGACUCCGACGUGCCGCUGGGUAAAGUGGCAAGCGGCAGAGGGAUCCAGGUCAAGGCUGAUCUCGAGGACGAAGUCGAGAGCAGUCCGGACCACCCCAAGGGCAGGCUUGCCAGCAGGCUCGCCAGCAAGCUGGCUUCGGGCAAAAAGCCGCAGCUCAUCUGCCAGCGCUGUGGGCUCAGCUACGACCCCAAGCGGGACGGUCCACGCUGCAAGCACUGCACGCGGGACAACGAGCACAGUGACGAGAGCGGCGACGAGGACGACAAGGCAAGGGAAAAUGAAGAGUCUGCUCAAGUCAACGGUGGCUCCCCUGAGAAGGAAAAUGAAGCAGAAGGGGGCGAGGACGGCCCAGUGAAGAACAUCCAAGCAGUAACAGACGUCAUCAAGGCUGCCAAAGCUGAACAGCGUCUGCAGCAGCUGAAGCGUCGAAGGCGGGGGUCGCCUCCGGACGACACCAUUGAGAAGGACCUGGACUGCCCUGUCUGCGGCAAGCAAUUCACCAAAAAGUACUACUUGCAGCGCCACCUCCAAAUGACCGUCUGCUCGGGCAAGCCCCCUCCCUCUCAUCCCUGCGAAGUGUGUGGAAAGGUCUACUCCCGCAAGGACAACCUUCGGGAGCAUCUGCGGGCACAUGCCGGUGAGGUGACACGGCGGAAGAAGUACAAGUGCGACCACUGUGGCAAGACCUUCCACGGCAUCUCGCUGCUCAAGAUCCACAUCCGCGUGCACACCGGCGAGCGGCCGUUCCCCUGCGACUUCUGCAACAAGGGUUUCCCGUCGGUCACGGCGCUCAACAAGCACCGACGUAUUCACACGGGAGAGAAGCCGUACGCCUGCGCCGAGUGCGGCAUGCGAUUUUCACUCAAGGGGACGCUCAACCGCCACACGCGCAUCCACACGGGAAUCCGACCGCACAAGUGUCCGUACUGCGGCAAGGAGUUCAUCCAGGGUGGCGGACUCAAGGCGCACCUGUUCCAUCACACGGGCAUGAACGGUUUCAAGUGCACCGUCUGUGACAAGGUUUUCAACCGCAAGGCUCGGCUAGACCUGCACAUGAAGUACCUGCACCUAAAGGAAAAGCCGCACGUCUGCGAGGACUGCGGCAAGGGUUUCACGCGGCGCGAGGACCUGAACCGUCACUCAGUCCUGCACACGGGUGAGAAGCCGUUCCAGUGCCCGACGUGCCACAAGCGCUUUGCCAUCAAGCCCUCGCUCAAGAUCCACAUGGUGACCCACACCAAGGAAGAGCCCCGGUCGUGCCAUGAGUGCGGUCGCGCCUUCAUUCGCAAGGAUUGCCUCAUGCGACACAUGCGCAAGCGCCACCGUGACCUGCUCGACCGCAUUCUGCUCGACGAGGAGGAUGACCGCUUCGCCCCGACUCCCGUCGCCACUCCGGGAGGCACGGCCAACACGGAUAGCGGCAUCAAGCUGGGCCCCCAGGCUGGCACUGUGGCCCGGAUCCUGUCGGAACAGGCUCUUUGCGAGAGCAUCCGUGAGCUGCUGGGCCUGCUCGUUGAUGAGCCAACGUUGAAGGGCUUUGGAUACCCGGACAAGCCCGUGGACGAACUGCUCGAAGCGGUCAUCCGUCGCUGCGGCCACAGCCCGGCUAGUCCCGACGACUACAACUACAUGGACCGGCUGCGUGAGAACUCCAAGCUGCUCUUCACAGUGGUCAUCGACGACAAUGCUGUCAAGACUCUGCUCAAUAACCAGACUGUCGACGAGGUCAUUCUACACGUGUUGCGUCUCGCAAAGUCCUAGCUUCUCAUUGUCAUCUUUCCCACCCUCUCGUUUCGAUUAACUGAGGGUGCAGAGAAGCAAACAGAUUGUUUUCUAAUUGUAAUAGGAUGGCACUCACAUGGGUUGUGUGGGCUGAGCUUGUUUGAUUUCCACGUGCUGUCAUAACAAAAGGGACCACAAUAUGUUAGUGCUGUGCGACUUUUAACUAUUUAGCUAACUCCUACUGCAGACAGUAGCAGUCAGUUAAGUACGCCCUUGCUAGUGAAAGCCCUUGGAACUUGGAAAAGCAUAAUGUCAGCGGUCUUGUUACGCAUUGUUGCAAACACAUUUCAUAGUUCCGAAGAUUUUCAAGGGACUGCGCACUUGUAGCUAAACAGAAUGGCUUUUCCUGCUUUCACAUAAAUACGCAUGACCAGUGCUGUCAGUGCUGCGGACUGCAUUCGCUCUAGUCGUAAACGCAUAUUAUGCCUGUUUAUUGGCUCAGUAAAUGACAAUAGUUCUUGAAGCAAGAAAAAAGAAAAAGACAGAUAAAGAACUGGAGCAAUGCUUGGAAACAGGUUGGGCCUGGCAUUUUUUUUUUUUUUUCUGAACUGGAAAGUGGCAGUUUCUGGCUGCUGGCAUAACUAACUUGGCGAGUGCCCAUAAGGUCAUGAAGUCACAAGAAAGCCACCGGCAGAAGGUAAACAUUGAUGUCAAGUUGAACAGAAAGCUCAUAGCACACACUACGGUGCCACAAAGCACAUUUGCUUCUUUGCACCCUCACUUAACCUCUCCUGUGCUUUGCGCACCAUGUAUUCUUUGUCUUCACUCUGUAUCAUUCUUUGUUACUGCAUUGCACAAUGCCCAUGCUUAGCUGGGCAUGAACAGAGCAGCAGGCAGUUGGAAAUGUGCUGGGUUUUGUCGUGAGUCCUGUAGGUGCGUUUGUGUAUUCCAGGGGGAGGGAGAAUCCAGUCUAACAACAUGAAGAUUAUCGCGAUCAUGGGCACGCACAAUCUACACCAGCCUGGUAGCCCAAAUCGUACAAAAAAACUUAAAUGCAUCCUCUCCCAUUUGAUGUUUUUGAAUCUUGUGGCACAUUCCCACACCUGUAGCAGAAGUUGUAGGGGAGGGUUACUGGCGAAAGCAAGGCGUCUCCAAGUCUGUCGGUUUUCUGGCCACUUUGCAAGAGGAGUGCGAGUUACUUGAUGCACUCUUUGUGCGUUUUAAGUGUUUGUUGCAGUUUUGUUGUAAGGCAACUUUUGCACAACAUUAAGUGUGAGAACAUCAGCCCACAUUGUAUGAGGGCUCUGUGUGAUGGUUUCUUUGUCGGCAGUGUAGGGAAAGCCCGACUUGACAGGUAAUGUGAUGUGCCAGCCAUUGAGACAUAGAAUAUUACUCCAAGAAGAAAGCACUAGAUGUGCCCAUGUUAGUGAAAUUAAGAUGCCCAAAGUUGUGCCUUACCGUUACGAUGCUUCAGUGUUUGUCAUGUUUUUCCUCAUUCAGACUUUUUUUUUUUUCACAUAAGGGGUAGUGAAAGUUGUAAAAGGAAGUCAUUCAUUGUGUUUCCAUGCCACAAUUGUAGUAGAGUGCAUUUUAGCGUUCCUUCCUAAAGGCAGGAAGGGGGUGCAGUGCAGAGCACUUGUCUUUCCUUGAAGUCGUGAGAUUAACGGCAUCUUUUCCUUUGGGUAAUGGCUAACAUUGAAACUGCGGUAGGGUCACAGCUAGUAGUGGAAGCUAAUAAAAAUUUGGAGAUUUAAGAUUGCUGGUAAUGUUGUAGACAGCUUUUGUCCUUGAUGACUACAAGCAUAUCGCUUACCCUUCGCUUUCAGUCUAGCCAAAUGUCACGUGCUCAAGGAAAAGCAGGCCUGCUUAUUUCUGGGGCAAAGCACUGCUUGAAGACUGGAAGCUGAGCAUUGCACAGCCAUGACUCAGAGCAGCGAACAAGUGAACCUAAGUGAGCCAAUUGUCAACUACUACUAGUGCGAAAACACUUAACAUAAAACAAGCAAAAUUUUUGUAUUAUGUAUGCUACCAAUUUCUGGUUCAAAGUGUAGUUGUUUAAUGGAGUCUUACAAUAGCUUCAGUAAUUUACUGAUUUAGCUUUGCACAAGGUCUGCUCUUAUAUUGGAGGUUAGUGCAACAAGAACAUAGAAACCUGCACAGGCCAUUAUUUGACCGUAAGUAGCUCUAACAUUCUUUUUUCAACUUUGAAGCGGAAAAGUAGCCAGUGCUACGCGUACCACAUAUAUCUGUUAAUGAAAUAUUCACCUGCAGGUUCUCGCGCAAAAUUUAAGUUGCUGUGCACACUUGAAUACUAAUGAAGUCUUGCACACAAGUGGCAGUGUUUACUCGUAUGUGAAGUUCAAGAUUAAAGUUACUUGUUAGAUUGUAUUUAGAUAUUCUUGGGGCUUUCACUGUUUUAUCGCACUCUUAUGAUUGGUGCAGCAUGCAGCCAUUAUUGCGUUUACACCUCAUGCCUGUCAUACAGUAUGAUCCACUUGUAGUUUAAGAAAUGAGCCAUAAAAACUGUAAUAUUUCUGAAAUAUCUAAAAAAAUGUGGCUGUUGUGACAUUAGAAAGUUGUGUGUGUGUAAAAAUGUAAUGCACAGGCCUUCAUGUCAGAUACCAGCUGUGGUUAGUUGUGCAAUUUUGACUAGGUGGUCGGCUUAAAGAGCCCCUCACCAGGCCCCAUAUCGAAUUUUGGUUACAUGCUGAAAGUUAUUACGUGUCCUCUAGGGAGCGUCCUGCCAAAAAAAUGUUUCACGUCGGCUCCUUAAUAGCCGAGAUAGAAAUAUUUCAGUGCCGCGAAACCAUGAUUUCAGCAGGCGGGCUCCACUGCCAAGCAAGACACUCUCUCCGCUCGCCCCGUAUACCCUUCGCUGCAUUCCUUCCCUGCGUUCUCCCAUACCGGACCUCAAGGAUCGCGUUUUCAGGCCCCACCUUCAUUUUUUUUCUCCUCGCUUUUCCUGAGCUAUGCGUUUCCGCUGAAUGCGCCACGUGCGAGCUGUUGUCUUGUUUGCGCAGCGCACGAUUUUGUGCGCUGGGCACAAGGACACAUGACUAGCGGUAUAAUUCAGUGCAACACGAAUACUGAGGCAGAACAAGCGGAUCGCGGAGGAUGAUCAAGCACUGGAACACGGUAGAAAAUAGUAUAGUUUCAGUACCUGCGUACGUAACCACACGACCGUGGGAACAAGCAGACAAACCAGAAGUACAUCUCUCUCGCUUCUGUGCGAAGUAAAACAAAAAACACGCAGACAUUCCAUUUGCAUGUUUUAUUAUUUCUCUAAACCCCUAUUCGUCAAUUCAAGCAACAGAUUACACAGAUAAUAGAUGUUGUCUUCAAUAAUUCUCGAAGUCACGUGCUGCCACAAGCGACAUCACACUGCAGACAAGAUUAUGUAGGCGCACAGGCAUGAUUACGUCACUCUCCGGCUUGGAGCGUGGCGGCCGCGAGUGAAGAGGGAAACAGCAUUUGGAUUGAAAUUUCAGAAUUUCAGACGUAGCAAUGUAAUACUGUGCAGACACGAUUGUUGUCGUGCAAUGUAUGCUACGCCCUUGUCAGCUCAAUAUGGCCACACCUGGUGAGGGGCCUUUAAGAGGACAAUACUGUAAGACGAUUUGGCUCGGAACGGUGGCCAAACUUUCACAGCUUGCGUUCUGCGAUUGCUGACAGCAAACAGAGUAUGAGGUAAACAAGUUGUCAGCAGCUCCUAGCAGGUCAAGCACUAAAACAAGUGCUGUAGGUUUUGGCUCAUAUCCUAAUUGUUGAGACUUCUGUAACAUACAUUGUUUUACAGUGUUGAAAUGACAUGUGAUUAUCAUCUAAUCACUGAUAAGUGUGGAGUGGUGCUUCACAGCUAACAUCCUCUGCUGAAAAUAGCCGCUGCAGACUGGGAGCGCUGUUCAUACGAGAGUUUUCUUGAGCAGAUUAACAAUAUGAAUAUUGAUUUCAGGGCGAGGAAAAGUACAUACUUGCUUUGUACCAUUUGAGCAGCACGUUUCUGUUGUAUCCAUAUUGCUAAUUUUUAGUUGUUUUUCAUUUUUCGCAUUACUGCCUCGUGUUUUUAUCACCUUCCGCAAGGCAGUUGACAGUACCUUUCAUCUGAUGCGACAAACUUGUGAUUAGCAGUUAGUUGUGUUGAUCAUUGUUAAAGAUUUUAUAUACACUACAUUGUUGUCGGGCAGCACGAGAUGCGCAUCGGUAUUUUUAGCUAAAAAAAGUGUUAUGAUGGCUUUUGCCCAUCUUGUACAGUCAACCCCUAGAUGGCUCCAACUGACACUGUCCAUCAGUCUUUACGUAACGGAAUAUCAGUGGGUCUCUUCAGGGGAUGCACCAGCCUGUGCAUUUGUCCACUGUUGCCACACGUAGCCUUAUAUAAAGCAUCACACAAAAGCGUUAAGAAGUCAGACCGUGCCUUAUUUUCUGUCUGCAGUGUAAUAGGAAGCUUCGGCUCAGGUCCGACUAUGACUUUCGCACUGAACUGCGAUAGAAAUGAAAUAAAUACUUUCAUUGUGAAAUGAAGUCUAAUUCCAGUGACUAUAAACGUAUGCAGAAUGCCACAAAAAUUUGGGAAAUAUUAGUUUAUAAUGAAACGGCAGGUUCUUAAAAGUUCUGUAACCGCAAUACAUGCUGGUACCACAGCUCUGUAAACAGCAGCUGAUGGUACUUAGAGCAGAUUACAUCAUUUUACACUACUGUGUGCAUGCACUUGUGUCUGUCAAUAAGCAUUUUGAGGAAAACUUUGAAUUAUGGGAUACAGUGAAGUCUAAAGCCAUGCAGAAUGUUUUAGCUGCCCGAUGUUAAUGCUGUAGCAGGUACGGUAUAGAAAAUUGCUAUAUGCAUUCUUGUGAAGCCGCACAGUUGUGGACUCGGCAUUUCAGGUCUUUAUCCAUUAAAUAAUCAAUUGUGCAAAUAACAGUUUAGCUCUAAUCAGUCACUGGAGCUUAAGUUCCUCAAUCAUAUGCGACAAAGUUGAUUAUUGAGACCAUUUAAGGGUUCACAUACUUUCUGGGUUUCCCAUUGUAUCCAGUAGAAACAUUUUAAACGGCAGUUCCGUUUACCGAGAUAGAUGUGAAGCCUUUUGUCAUAUGCCCUCUUAAUGCUGUUGUCAGAAAUGUUGAGUAUUAGAAGCGAAUCUAGCAGCUAGCUAAAAAAAAUAGGAAAAUGACAAAGUGUAUGGCAUUCAAAAUUUUAUGCAAAAUUUAACUUUCUUCUCAGAAGACAGACGUUGCAAAAACAUUUCACAUCCUGGUUCUCCUUGGAAGAAAAGACAUUUAGAUACUGAUUCUGUGGUUCCGUUUAUAGGGAGUUGUAUACAUUUUGGUUCCGUUUAAGGAAAGUGUUUUUAAAUUGUUUAAAUAUGAAGCCAACCAAUUGAGAGCAUGUUGCUCCGUUUAACCGGCAAUUCUGUGUAAGUAGUUUUCAUUUACCAAGAUUCUGCCAUACUUCAAUGGUGAAAUUUCCAGUUUGGCUUGAUGCUUGGGGCUUCCUCAUAAACUGUUACUCAUGAGCAGCUUGGGGUGGUCAGUUGUCAUCUGUGUGUUGUUGCAUUCCCCAACAACAGCAAAGCGCCGGCAAAUUUUACAUUCCACCAUUAGCCCUUUCGGUGCCCUUUGAAUGUUUUCGACAGCAACAGUUGUAACCUUCUGCCCUAAGCCGUCGUCUGAAUGGUGCUAAUGAGCUCAGAAUGGAUCUUAGAACAUCUAUGACAUUUCCUAGCGGAUUAGUUGGCUAUGCAUUCUUCGUUCUAGAAAGACCUUGGAACAAGUGCCUUGCAAGUUAUUUCACUGUGCCCUUGUCUGCUCGUGCACACAGCUAGAUUCAUGUCAUAACAAAGGAGAGAAGCAAACCAUCAUUUUCCUUUGCACUUACAUGAUUUAAUUCUGUACUUUUUUCUCUCUCUCUCACUUUCUUGUGGACUUGUUCACCGAGCGUUGCGAGCAGUUCUGCAUUGUCCGAUGAGAAGGUAUGAUGUAUAUAGUUGAUCAGAAAUGGUGUCAAGAAGUCAUUUUGUGCCUUAUUACAAGAUACAAUGGAUUUCGUGUGUCUGUUUUAAUACUGAUUUCCAAGCAGUAAUACUUGCACGAGCUUUUCAUGUUUCAUUGUCUUUAUCGGUCCUGUCAUUGUGUGUGCUUCUCACAUUGCUUUUUCCUCUUUUUUUCCUACCCUUGUACCAGUUUUACAUUAAUUGCAAACAGGAGCAAUUUUUUUGUCUGUGCACAUCAUUCAUUUUUUGCUGUAUGAAAAUAUAUGAAGAGCAAAUUACUGUACCUGUCCUGGUGUGGCCCCUUGGUUUAACUGACAGAUUAAAGGGGUGCAAAUAUCUUGUCUUGA